UUUGCGGACUCCUCCCCGCACGGAUCCGAACAAAGCCCGCAGGACACGCAGAACAGCUCCGCAUCGCCGUUGCAGCCGAUAAGGUCUGAAAAGAUGAUGGUUUUUGAGGACUUUGCCACUGAGGCAGCAACUCGCAUGAAACAGUUCGUCCACGAGGAAGACGACGACGGCCAGGGAGAGGUCAGCCACUCACCGAGCACCACUCAUAGUCAUAGAAAGAUUGGCAGCACUCACUCCAGAGGCAAGAGUGGAAUCUCUGACGAGGAUGAGAGACUCCAUUCUGUACGCGAGUUUGAGAAGAGGACCUCAGCACUCGAGAACAUUGUUGUAGCCAUGGAGAGCAGCCACAGGUUGCGCACUUGGUUCAGCCGUGUCCCCUGUGGUACGAGGAUAUUGCAUUAUGCCAUCUCCUGGAUGCAGUGGCUAUGCAGCCUUCACGAGCCUGAAAGACGCGGCUGUUGUCAUGCCAUCUUGAACAGCAGCCUUUUCUGCUCGUUUUGCACGCUGGUGAUCCUGGCGAAUGUGCUCACCAUCUUGUACACUGCGAACUGGACCAUGGAAAAUGAAACAUUCUCGGUUCCUUAUGCAGUUUCCGCUCUCGACAUUUUCUUUUGCACCGUCUAUCUUAUUGAGUCUGGACUGAAAAUAAAAGUCCACAAAGCGUACUUCUUCUGGAACGAGGAGGCUCCUUGGAACGUAUUUGAUUUAAUCUUGGUCGUCCUCGCGGUCUAUGACCUGGUGGUCUUCUUCCUGGAGUUCUCUGAUGGACACAGCGCCAACAUGAACUUCAUGAGGUCGCUGCGCAUCGUGAAGGUCUCGCGUAUCCUCAGGCUUGUCCGGGUAAUCCGGGUGUUUCGAGAUCUCCGCUGCAUGCUGUUCUCCAUCAUUUGGUCGUUCAGCUCCCUCUUCUGGUGCCUGGUGCUCAUCUUCUUCGUGAUUCUGGUGUUCUCAUUGCUGAUCGUUCAGUUGGUCACUGAGUACAUCAUUGAGCAGGAUCCGGUGGGGGACCAGCUCAAGCGCGAUUUCCUGUACUACUUUGGCUCAGUCCAGGCGACGAUGGCGACUUUGUACCAGGCAAGUACCGGCGGCGUGGACUGGAGAAAUCCCUAUGAGCUGCUAGCGUACACUGGCGAGAUGAGCUGUAUAGCCUUCCUGUUCUAUGUGGCAUUUUUCGAGUUCGCUGUGUUCAACGUCCUGACGGGCGUUUUCGUGGACCACGCGAUGAAAGUGUCUGCAGCGGAUCGUGAGCUGGCUUUGGCAGAACAAAAGAAGAAGGAGCGCACAGAGGCAGAGCGCCUUCGGGACACCUGCCGCAUUAUAGAUGCAGAUGGGGAUGGAAAGAUUUCCUGGGUGGAGUUCCAUGACUUCCUGCAGUUCGAGAACGGCUACCGAAAUAUGGCUUCGCUCGGCCUGGACAUCUUCGAUUCCAAGAAGUUCUUCAAGAACUUGAUGGUGAUGACCAACCAGCGCGAGAUCGAGAUUACGCAGUUUGUCUCUGGAUGCAUGCGCAUGAAAGGCUCGGGUUAUGCUGUAUGCAGACAUUGUCUAUGGCUACCAUGA